CUUUGCACUCCAUCGCUCUAUCCCAUUCAAGAGCAUAUAAGCGCUUCAAGCCGCCAUGCUGCAACGCAGUCGGGCAUCUAGGGCAGCUUCAGGCGCUCCUCUACUGGCAGCAAAGCCAGCGAGACUGGUCUGUGGUCAUGUCCGAGCCUCCCGGCCCAGACGGAGGACUUUUCCGGCCGCUGGACCCUUCUUUACCUCUUUCGAAAGAUGCCUGUCUUCCUCGUCCACAGCUGCGGCCGCUCCGGCAUCGCUACAGGCCUCUCUCACCAGCCUGCUCACCUCGUUCUCCGACUCAUCUUCCAACUCAAUAACAGCAGAUGCAGCAUGGCAAGGUCGCGUCGCCCGCGCUCUCCAAGAGCUGCAGGGCGGUCCUGUCCGAGAAGAGCAGAUCCUCGUGCUACGCCCAAGGAGUGACGAUGAUGGUGAUGGCGAUCUAUUGGGAGCACUCACGCAAGAUGCGCUGCAGGAUCCGCAGGCCAGAGCGGCUACUCUGCUGGGUGAGCUUCGAAGAGCGGAGGGAUAUACCAAGGAAGGCGAGUCGUCAUCGACGAGCCUCGUAUAUGCCAAGGAGAUCGCAGUCGACGCAGAGGAGCGCACACUGCGCGGGCCUUGGCCUUUGCUCAAAGAGAUCGCUGCAUCCAUUGUCGAGGUACAAACCAACAACCUCGACUCCCCCUCCAUCCACUCCCACCUCUACCUCUCUUCACAAGUCCUCCUCUGUCUUCCCUUUUCAGCGCUCUUCAGUCCUCUCAAACAAGCAUGGCUUGCCGACGUCGCGUCAUUGCUACGCACUUUUGAGAAUCACCCGGGGCUGCGACUUGUCGUGACUCAUUCGGGACAAGCAUCAGCAGAUGCCGGCUCAAUCGCUCAAGAGAGGAUACGAACAUGGCUUCGCACCCCGGACAUCCCCAUUCAAUUCGUCGAUCUAGUCAAGGCGGCAAGAGGGCAGGAGGCACUGCGCGGCGCAAUGGGUUUGCCUACCACGGAGAUGCAGGCGACCGCUGCUGGACCACAAGAUCGCUCUUCCCUCUGGACACGCUUCCAAUCCCUCUCACAGCAAUCUGGUCUUCCCAACUUGAUGAGCAGCUUGGUUGAGACUAGACAGCAAGCCAGCAGCAGCAGCGCCGUGGGUUCUCCAACGGAGACCGACAGCGCCAGCACCACAUCUUCGACCUCAUCCCAAUCACACUUGGACCUCCUCACGAGCCACGCCCAGCAACACCUCCAAUCGCGUCUCUCCCUUGCCCUAUCAGAAAACAGUGCUCUUCACUCUCUAGCCACGCAUCUCUCCAGCUCCUCUCACUCCCUAGCGGACAGACUCACCUCCGAGAUCAUCUCCAGCAUCCGUGAGGAUCUUCUCCGUCCCCCCUCUUCCAACCUCACGGCCACUGCACCCGCCAAUGAGCCGCCUCUCCUACCUGCAUGGUGGAAAUUGCCCUUAUUGGGGGAUGCAGCUGUGCGGGAGAGGGUGCAGGGAGCGUUUGAACGAGAUUGGCUUGGUGGAGGGAGGGUCGAGGAGACGUUGAUUUGGUGGGCUGGGCGACUUGCGGUUCUUGCGGAGGAAGAGAAGAGAGAGAUCAAGACUCUCGUCGAGGGUCUGGCGCGCGAUACUGCCGGGACGAGAAGUAGCGUCGAAGACCAUCUGCUCGUCGAGCGUUCUUCAUCUUCUUCGUCCCUCUCUCCACCCAAGCUUUCCGUCUUGCAGCUUCCCGCCUCUCAACUCCUCCAGCUGCGCUCCGCCUUGACAGCCUCCUCAUCAAUAGGGACCGGAGACAUCGGCCUCGCGUUGUCAUCACGGCGCAACCUGCUCGCCGAGCCGGUACAACGGGCACGCGACCACGUACUGGGGAGGGCUCCCCGUGGGAGCAGGCUGGCCAAGAUGGCAAGAACAUCAGUAGAUCCCGCAGAACCGGCAACGCUCCCUCCCCCCUCACUACUGGACACCAUUCAGACUUCGGUCCAGCGGGCAAGCUAUCGUUUCUGGACUAUCCUGACCUUUUCUACCUCUCUAUCAAUCUACGGUCGCCUAGUGGCCACACUCUCCCCUUCCUCUCCUCCAUCAUGGCUUCUACCCCACUUCUCGUCCGGCACCGCGCUAGGCGUCUUCCUGCUGGGCAACGCGUUCGCGCUGUUGAGACUGCAGAGGGAUCAUAGCAGGUUGGCAAGGAAGGUGGUGCAGAGGGACUUGGUGGAACGGGUGCCGCGGAACGUGCUUGCUGAACUGGAGGCGGUGGUGAAGGGGACGGGCGAGGGGAUUUGGGCUGCUAGGAGGGAGGUAGGAGAGGGGCUAGGACGAUGGUCUGCACAGGAAAGGGAGAGGCUGAGGCGAUUGAGGGUUGGUAUGAGCGAAGAGGACCUGAAGCGGACGCCGCAAGACUGAGGGAGAGGCUCCCUGUGCAAUCUCGCCAUUCAGAAGAUUAUCGAUUCCAAGAGUGAAGGAACGAUGAUGAGCCGGAACCGUAACGAGACAAGGGUCAUACGAAUCGCUGCUGGCUGCUUGCUGCUUGCCCUUUCUGUGCCGCUGCGCAGGGCACUGGUUGCUAUGUCUCUCAUGUCAAAUCUUACAUGGCC